GUGCCCCAGGCACCCUGGAGGCCCCGACCCUCCACUGCGGACCUCUGCACACUGCAGCCUGACCCCCAGCCAGCCAAGCAAUGACAGGAAAAGUCACCUCGGAGGCCCCUGCUGAUGGUCCAGAGGAGAAUGCCUCUGAGUUGGCCAAGGGGCCCACAGAGCCCUUGGAGGAAGUGGCAGCAUCAGGGAGUCCCGGGGAAGAGCAGGCUCCUGUGGCAAGCCCUCAGGCCCCUGUCCCCACGGCCACUAAGCCUGCACCCCCAAGUGAAGACGUGCCCAGUGCCCCGCUGCUGCUGACGGUGGAGGAUGUGAGUGACAGCUCCGUGACUGUGAGCUGGGAGCCUCCGGAGAGGCUGGGGAGGCUGGGACUCCAGGGCUACGUGCUGGAGCUGCGCAGGGAGGGAGCCUCGGAGUGGGUGCCUGUGAACGCCCGGCCCGUGAUGGUGACCCAGCAGACCCUGCGGAACCUGGCUCUGGGAGAUAAGUUCUGCCUGCGCCUGGCUGCUGUGAGCCCUGCAGGGGCCGGCCCGCCAGCUGUGCUGGACCAGCCUGUCCACAUCCGAGAGACCAUCGAGGGCCCCAAGAUCCGUGUCCCCCGUCACCUCCGUCAGACCUACAUCCGCCAGGUGGGACAGACGGUCAACCUGCAAAUCCCCUUCCAGGGGAACCCCAAGCCUCAGGCCUCGUGGACCCACAACGGCCACGCCGUGGACAGCCAGCGGGUGAGCGUGCGCACUGGGCAGCAAGACUCCAUCCUCUUCAUCCGCUCAGCCCAGCGCUCAGAUUCAGGCUGCUACGAGCUCACCGUGCGGCUGGAAGGCCUGGAGGCGAAGGCCGCCGUCAACAUCCUGGUGACUGAGAAACCUGGACCCCCGAGCAGCAUCAAGCUACUGGACGUCUGGGGCUGCAAUGCUGCCCUCCAGUGGACGCCGCCCCAGGACACAGGCAACACGGAGCUUCUGGGCUACACGGUGCAGAAGGCAGACAGCAAGACAGGGCAAUGGUUCACAGUGCUGGAGCGCUACCACCCGACAACCUGCACCGUCUCCGACCUCGUGGUGGGCAACUCCUACUCCUUCCGGGUCUUUUCGGAAAACCUGUGUGGACUCAGUGCCUCGGCCGCUGUCACCAAGGAGCUUGCCCACAUCCAGAAGGCAGAAAUUAUUGCCAAGCCUAAAGGGUUUGUGGAGAGAGACUUCUCAGAAGCCCCUUCGUUCACCCAGCCCCUGGCUGACCACACUUCCACCCCUGGCUACAGCACGCAGCUCUUCUGCAGUGUCCGGGCGUCACCCAAGCCCAAGAUUGUCUGGAUGAAAAACAAAGUGGACAUCAAGGGCGACCCCAAGUACCGCGCCCUCUCGGAGCACGGCGUCUGCAUCCUGGAGAUCCGGAAACCCAGUCCCUUUGAUUCCGGCAUCUACACCUGCCAGGCCACCAAUGUGCUGGGGGAGGCGUCUGUGGACUGCCGGCUCGAGGUCAAAGCCUCAGCCACACACUGAAGAGCAGCUGGAGGAGGCUCUGACGAAGAGGAAGGUAAUCGGCUGCACUUGCCCCGCCCCCGCCACUGCCUCUGGGGUGGGGUGAGGAGGGGGGCGGCCACACACGCAGUCUCAGGGUGUCUCAGAGACGUGAGGACAGCGUGGCAUGCAGGCGAUGCCAGUGAGGCCUGGAUGGCAGUGACUCGGAGGACGGUCUAGGCCUGGCUCUGAGUGACCUGAGGCCAGGGCUCUCUCUUGGACCUGUCUUCCCAUCAGAAAAGUGGGGACAGCGAUGUGUGCCUGCCUUCCCUGAGCAGAUGGUUCUAGGCCUCUGGACAGUGAGGACGUGCGCAGAGCUCAGGCCCGGGCACUGGACCCCAAGGGAGGGAGGUCUGGAGGGCUGCUCCCCGCCCCGUCCCACCUCUUCAGCCCAGCUCUGCCCACACCAGGGGCUCUUAAAGCAUGUGAUCUGCCAGCUGCUGAGGGCCUGGGACGUCAGGCAUGUCAGGCCCACCAGGACCAGGACCAGGACCAGCUCUGUGGAUGACCCAGACCCCCAUUUCCGUGGUGACGGCUGAUGGCUCUGCUCCAGCCUCCUUCCCCCAAGUCUGGAGCCUGGAACUCAGGAGCGGGCCUGGCAGAAACCAGCCCCGGCUUUCCGGGCACGAGGGGCACUGGAAGAUGCCGACACCAGAGUGCCUCUGCAAAGGGUUGUGUGCCGGGCGAGAAGCAGUCAAAUAAAGGUGUGUGGUGUGACA